GACUGGGUGUCUGAUAUCAGAUUGCAUCUAAAGCCUGGCAGCCAGCCAGUGGCAGUCUAUUUAAAAAAGACCUUCCUUGCGCUGCAGCCACCAGUCUCUCAGAAACUCCUGCCCUGCUGGAAGCUACAGACUCCUUCUCUUUCACUCACUUGCAACACUUUGCUCAAGUAAACCCAACAUUUUUCUUCUUCUUCUUCUUCGAGAGAAAAGAAUUGUAUAUUUACAAAAAAAAAAAACAGAAAAAAAUUAAGACUCCAGUUUUUAGUUUUACCCCAAGAAAGUCUUUGCAGCUGAAUCAAUAGAAUUUGGGACCUGGUGAUUUUUUUUCCCUUGUACUUUGGUUUGUUCCAGGCUGAUCCAUUUUUCUUGCAACCUGUUGCAGGGAGAGAUUGCGAGGGAGAAGCAGCAAUCUGGCUGCAGCCGCAGGUUCCUGAUAAAAAGUGCUGGCUGAGUGAGUGCAGUUUUAAGGGGGCUUUUUUUGAUACCCCAGAAACACUCAUUCUUGGAGUUUGAGUCCACCCCCCUCUUUUUGUGCACAGUGGGGUUACCCUAUCACAGGUAGCUCAGCACCCCAGUUGUACCUUACUUGCUGUAGGGGCGCCCCACCACUAAACCCCAUGGAAAUGUUGCUGCCAAUGUGCCUGCUGUUGGUCUCCCUGUGCUUAGGGCAGUGCCAGGCUCUCGGUUCCUUUGUGCACUGUGAGCCCUGUGAUGAUAAAGCGAUGUCCAUGUGCCCCCCGACCCCGGUGGGGUGUGAGCUGGUGAAGGAGCCGGGCUGUGGCUGCUGUAUGACAUGCGCCCUGGCGGAGGGACACAGGUGCGGGGUAUACACAGAGCAUUGCGCCAAGGGCUUGCGCUGCCUGCCCGAGCAAGGAGAAGAGAAGCCCCUGCACGCCCUGCUGCAUGGCCGGGGGGUCUGCCUCAACCUGAAGAACCACAGAGACCAAAGCAAAAUAGAUAGAGAAUCCAGGGAAGAAGACCCAACCACCUCAGAGACAGAGGAUAUAUAUCAGUCAAAGCAUCGUGGAAAGAUGAGGCUUUCAGACCAAAAAGCAAUAGCCCUGAAUACUUUCCGUCAAAAGAAGCAUUCCCAGUCUAGGAUUGUGUCUGUGGAAAAAGUCCAGUCUCCGUCGACUCCAGAACACAGUAUUGAGAUAGAUAUGGGCCCAUGCCGUCGACAAGUGGAAACCCUCAUGCAGGAGAUGAAGUUGUCUCAUCGCGUUUACCCAAGAGCUUUUUACCUUCCUAACUGUGACAGAAAAGGUUUCUACAAAAGAAAACAGUGCAAACCUUCUCGAGGCCGUAAGCGUGGACUUUGCUGGUGCGUUGACAAAUACGGCUUGAAGCUGCCUGGGAUCGAUUAUGUCAAUGGAGACCUGCAAUGCCAUAGUUUUGAUAGCAGCAACACAGAAUGAUACCCCUGUUGCCGUGUUUGUUAAACCCUGAAGAUGAUCACUUGUGCUUUUAUUUUUCUUGGUUGUCCUAAAGGAUAAUCUUGUUUUUAUUUUUUAUUGUUUUUUCUUCCUCAUCUCAUUGCAAAAAUGAUGGAACCUUCAACAAAAAGAGAAUGACAUUCUGUCCAAAGGGAAAGAAUGUUUUUUUGAAUUUAAAAAGAUUCUGGAGGACACAGAGAAAUACAAUUUACCUCUGUAGGAAUCAAGGAGAAAGUGUUGGCUCAGGAGACCCCCUCCCCACCUACCCCUCAACCUAAAACCACCCACCAGAAAUGCACUCUUUUCAAUUUCUCCAUAAAUUUUGUAAUAAUUUUAAAAUGCCUUUGUAUCUGAAAAGGGAGACCUUUCUAUAAGCUUGGUUUUUGUUCCUUACGGUUCCUGCUCUGGUAUCAACAGACAAUGGUUAGGGCAAAUUACAUUUCACGGAAAUGGAAUAGGUCAUGAUGAGGUUUGCUUUGCCUCGGGCAUAAUAGUCCAUGGAGUGGUCAAUACAAACCCAUGAGAAAUAAAUAUUUCUCUUGAAGAUGUCUGUGUUACCUGAGUGAAUGACGUUUGGUUAUUUGGAAAAUAUAAAACCCAAAAUAAAGUGUUAAGACACAAAAGAGGCAGCUGACCUCUUUUCAAUUGGGUUGGUUUAGGUUAUUUUAGAAGUCCAGGAGAAGUGAAGCUGGUUCCCCAUGACCAUAAUAAGCAAAGAGGGGCUACAAUAUGAGCAAACAGUGUGCGAUAAGUCGGUAAAUGAUCACUAGUCUUCACUUAUUGAUGUUAGAUUUAAGCUUUCUUUCAAUGUUAACAAGUUGUAAUUUGCUAUAGGUACAGGAGACACCCGUCUGUAGUAUCAUUAUUCUAAAUAUUCAUCAUCUUUAUAGGUAGAGUGUUAAGCUUCUGUAUUGCAUUUUUUUUGACUUGUCACUUAGGAGGUGUGACAUCUAUUUUGGUGAUUGUGCCCUGUCUAAUGGCACACAAGACUCCCUAUAAUACGCCCAGUGACUUUGUUUUUCGCUAGACUGAAUAAACAAAACAUUGCAAUUAGGUGCCCCCUAGCACUCAAACUGUUCUUUCCUGAUUGCUUUAUCCCAAAGCAGUAAGCUCUAUGUCUUAUUUGCUGAAAAGCUGUGACUAAGCUUUUUUGUUUUUGUUUUUUUUUGUUUUUUUUUACCCUCAUUUUACACUUUGAUUCUAUUGUAAUAUUGCUGAACCUCGUAUUGAUGCCGGAUCUUGCCUUGCAGUACAUUUCAGUUUAUAAACAGCUUCUCCAAAGCAUUAUAUUAAAAGAAAGGGGAACCUCUCAACUCCAGUCCCUAGACGGGGGGUGGAAUCGGGUAGACCUAUGACUAUGCCCCGUUGUGCUUGGUGCUGUGUAAACUUUAUGACGUUUCAAUGAUUUUGUUGAAAAAAUAUAAGCUACAAAAAAGGAAAAAUGGAAUGCAAAUACUUUAUAGGCUAUUUGGAAGGGAUGUAAGGUGGACACCACAUGUUGCAGGCAUAGAAGCAACAAGAUGACUCAAGAUUUGCUUGUAGGCUUUAGAUACCACUCCUGAGUCUUUCUGAGUCUUACAUACCCUUGCAUCCGCUUUUUUGUAUUGUCACGCUGAACUCCAGUAGUUCAAGUUUUUGGAUAAACUAGACAAGGAAAUGGACGGCUCCCUUCUUGACAAAGAGUCUGGGAAAAAAAAUAUAUAUCGGACACCAAAACUAAAUAUACAGACAAAUCCCCCACCUCCAGAAUUUUUCGGGGGCUGUUGCUUGACUCUUCAUGACAUCCAAACUAGCAAAGCCAGGAAAUGCAAAUGGAUUUGGUGAUUACAAACCUAUGUUAUUCUAAUGCAAACAAUGGUUCAGAAGAAUGUUCCUUUUUUUUUUUUUUGAUAUAUAGCUUCUCAAGUUCAGGACUUUAGAAGACCAACAGUGUGCAAUAGGCCUUGAAGACAUUUUCUAGAAACAUUGGUUUUCACAGUGGACUAGAGAAGAUACCACUGCAUCUGGAUGCAGGACUGUGGACCCUUCUCCAAUAAAACACAUUGAACGAUGGAUGGCAUUAUCUCCGUAGCUGCCUUUAAUCAUACUCGAGACUAAAAAUAAAAGCACGACAAUGAGUUAAUGUGGACUUAGCUGAAUGGACACUGCCGUAUUAGUCCUGCCAUACAGAACCCUUCUAUGUUUUCCUUCUACUGGCAGACGUUCUCAGCUAAAUAUGGUUCCAGUAGCUGGAGCCGCACAAUGGAAUCCUUUUGGCUUGGAAUGGUAGAGAGACUUUUUGUUUUUUUAACACCCUUUUAUUUUGAGUGUUAUUUUUGUUAUAUGUGUGGCCUGUACGACUUGCAUACAAAUGUGUCAAGUAAAUGAUUUCUUUUGUAAGGUACUGAUUCAUUAGAGCCCUCGCUCCAGCUAAAUGCACACUGUUUUCGAACACUUCAGGAAAGAAAAUAUUUGCUUUGACCCAGUCCUUAUUCUAGAGAUCCCAAAUCUCUCUAAAUAUAUCCUGUGUAUAGCUACCAGAUACAUUCCCUUAACUCACUGCAAGCUCAUAGUUUAUUGUGGGACAUGAGCAUUCCUUCUCUGUAUCCAUACAGGGAGCUUUCAUGUUGUUUGCCUUGCACAUGAGUAGGAAGGUAAGCAGUAUAGCAGCUCUCACACACAUGUACCGAUAAAGAAUGUUCUUUGGUGCCACUUAAUGCUUGUUGAUUUUGGGCAGAUGAGAUUCCACUAAGAGAAGCCGAACAGAUCCCCCAUGUAGAAAUUCAAAUAUUCAAUUAAGGAGAGUUCUGUUUACAGAAAUCUGUGCUUUAUUUUCUUUCUAUAUAAGGGGAUGAAUUGACCACGAGGGCCUGUAUUAAAUGAGGUUUAGGUUCUCUCUUUAAAGGCCACAGUUUGUUUUAAAUGCAAUAAGCAGGUGAAAGAAAAAGUUUAUAGAGUAGCAGGUCAGUUUUUGGUGUUAUGGCAAAACCAUAGUUUGUUGUUUAUCAGUAACGUUAAACCAAUUGACUCUU